AUGGGUAAAGGCAAAGUUGCAGUGUACCAUGUGGAAGGCAUGACGUGUGGGGCGUGCGCCGUGGCGAUUGAAACGGAGCUUAAACGCGUAAAAGGUGUCAAAGAUGUGACUGUUUCACUAGCCACAAACGAAUGCAGGGUGGAGUUUGACGGGCAGCAGGUCGAGCAGCCGGCUUUGAAGGGGGCCAUUAUGGACUGUGGUUUUGACGCAACGCUUGCAAAACAACAACAAGAAGUGCCAAGCCUUCAAGAGCAAAGCUCAGCGGUGUUUUCGGUGCAGCACAUGACCUGCGGAGCUUGUGUUGCGACGAUCACACAAAACAUAAGCGCUGAGCGCGGUGUUCUGGAAGUGGACGUCUCUCUAGCCACUGAAGAAUGUCAUGUGGUUUUUGUACCGGAAAUGAUCACUCCCGCGCAGAUCAAAGAGAUCAUCGACGACAGCGGGUUCGAGGCAGAGCUUAUUAAUGGCGCCGUUGCAACAAAGUCACAAAGUUCACAAGUACGCCAAGCAUCACUAAAGGUACUGGGAAUGACUUGCGGCUCGUGCGUCUCUACUGUUGAGUCCACACUAGCUGAGAUGCCCGGAGUUUUAUCGGUUCAGGUGUCGCUGGCGACAGAAGAAGCUGAAAUGCAAUAUGACUCUAGUAUUAUCGGUAUCCGUGAUAUGGCGCGCAAAAUUGAAGAACUCGGAUUUGAAAGCACGGCAGUCAACUCAUAUGACAAUACGGCACAAGUUAAACAGUUAGCUAAGGUGCGUGAGAUUUUCUUCUGGAAGCACACCUGCGUAAGGGCAUGUCUCAGCAUGGUGUUCAUGCUGCUGCUUUACAAAUUCAUACCGCGCUUAUCCCCCAAGGUGAGAAGCUGGGCAUUAUACCAGCAAAGUCCGAUCCCAGGCCUUUUCUAUCGCGACAUCGUUGGUUUUAUGGUUACAUGCUACGUGCAGUUUUGGGUCGGCCGACACUUUUACAAAGCAGGGUUUAAAUCCAUCAAACACGGUAGUGGAUCGAUGGAUACAAUAGUGCUACUAUCCACAUUGUGCUCCUUUGCAUUUUCACUAUACUCGAUUGCCAACAACAUAAUAAAAAAGUCCGAUAAGCUGCCUAAUGUUGUCUUUGAUGCUUCCACAAUGCUGAUCGGCUUUAUCUCGGUAGGCAAACUCCUUGAGAACAAGGCUAAAUCGAGAACAAAUACGUCUCUUUCCAAACUAAUAUCAUUGGCCCCUUCCACAUGCACAAUAAUUGAGAACGGUGAGCCAAGAGAAAUCCCAGUUGAGUAUCUACAGGUUGGCGAUGUUGUUGAGAUUAAGCCCGGAGCGCGCUUACCCACGGAUGGCGUAAUAAUUCAGGGCGAAAGUGAAAUUGAUGAGUCUCUAAUAACAGGAGAAUCUCUUAUGGUCCCUAGGUAUAAGGGCUCUCCAGUCAUUGCGGGAUCUAUUAACGGUCCUAAUCAUUUUCUUUUCACCGCCACUAGUGUAGGUGAUGACACAAAGCUAUCUCACAUUAUACAAACCAUGAAACAAGCGCAACUUAAUAAAGCGCCAAUCCAACAUUAUGCUGACUAUCUCGCAUCCAAGUUUGUGCCUACUAUUCUCAUGUUGGCUUUGAUAACCUUUGCCACAUGGCUUGUUCUCUCGCAUGUCUUGUCUCAGCCUCCGGCGAUAUUCAACGAUCCAAAUGGUAAGUUUUUUGUCUGCCUUGAAAUGACAAUCUCUGUUAUUGUUGUUGCCUGUCCAUGCGCUCUGGGCUUGGCCGCACCCACAGCCAUUAUGGUAGGUACUGGGCUAGGCGCUCGUCAUGGGGUUUUGAUCAAAGGCGGAGACAUUCUAGAGAAGUGCAAUACACUGGGCACAUUUUUGUUUGACAAAACAGGCACUUUGACCACUGGACACAUGACAGUUCAUGAAUAUUGUGCAAUGGGUGGUUCUAGCUCGUUAAGCACUGAGCAGCUUCUAUGCAUAAAUGCGGCUGAGGCUGUCAGCGAACACCCGGUCGCCAAGGCUUUGGUUGACUAUACGUCUCAGCAAUUGGCGGGGUGUAGUAAAACCGCUAUCGUUACAAAAAGCCAAGUGGUCCUCAGUGGCGGGCUAAUCUGCGACUGUGAGCUUGAUGGUAAAAGCUAUCAUGUUGUCAUCGGUAACAAAAAUGUUUUACAGAGAGAAUCGCUCCCUUCAGCUAGUAAUAACACGGUGGCUUAUGUCGAGAUUGACGGCGAGGUUAUUGGCAGGUUUGAGAUAACCGAUCUAAUCAAAAAGGAUGCGGCAGAAGUUGUUAAGUACCUUCAGGAAAAAGGCCAUAGAGUUUGUAUGGUUACGGGCGACAACCGAGAUUCUGCUUUGAAAGCUGCAGGGGAAUUAGGCAUAGAAUCCAGCAAUGUGUUCAGCGAACUGACUCCAACGGGCAAAAAUCAAUUGGUCAGAGAUCUGCAGGAAGGUAGUGGUCAAAAUGUUGCAUUUGUUGGCGACGGCAUAAACGACUCUCCUGCUCUAGUGACAAGCGACCUCGGCGUUUCCAUAUCUACAGGGACGGAUAUCGCCAUGGAAGCUGCUGACCUCAUUAUUCUGAGCCGCUCAGAUCACGAAAAUGCCACUCUCCGCGAACUUGUAUAUGCACUUGACAUUGCCCAGAAAACAUUUCGUCGCGUAAAAAUUAACUUCUUCUGGGCUUUGUGCUAUAACCUGUUCAUGCUUCCAAUUGCUAUGGGCGUUUUGGUCCCUUGGAAUAUCACACUAGAUCCUAUUGUAGCGGUUGCUUGUAUGGCAGCUAGCUCUGUGAGCGUGGUUGGAAGUUCGUUGCUACUUAACGGCUGGAAGCCGCCAGCAUUGGAGGUUUCUGCCAACACUGGCAACAGAAGUAUGUGGUCUUCUCUGGCUAAGGUCUUCCGUGGACGCCAUGAUGCACAGCCUGAUGAUAUAGAGUUGCAAGCUGGCUUAAUACCACAUGCAGCAUCUUCGAAUAGCUUAGAGGAAUGA